GGGUGCCAGCCCCUGGGGGACUGUGGGUGGGACUUGGGGCGUUUGGGUGCCAUCCCCGAGUGACAGAUGGAUGGACGGUUCAUGUGANAGAAAGGAGGAGACACGUGGGCAGAUCGGUCUGGAGCAUAAGAGUGCCUGCAAAGCAAGCAACAGGCAGAGAAGGCAGAGGAACCGAAGGGAACAUCAGAGAAGCAAGAAGGGCACAGCCUGUGACACACUGUGAGCCACUUGACCAGCUACUCACCCACCUCGGAAGCAAGAUGUCCCUCAAGCUGCCAAGGAACUGGGAUUUCAAUUUGAAAGCNGAGGCUUCAAAAAUAGAUGUUUAUAUUUCAAAGUGGAAAAUGUGGCAGCUAAAAGAGAAUUCCACCCCUACCUUCCCCAUCAUGAAGAGAUUCCAUCGGCUCCCACCUUUACCUCCAGUUCUGCCUUCAGACAUGAACAGCGGGUGCCCAUCCGGAGACCUGCGCAUUAGCGGGCCUCCACAGUCUCCUCAGGGCUGCAUGUAUCUGCCAGGCAGUACAGUCAAAGAAAUUGCCACAAACCCCGAAGAAGCUGGGAAAUUUGUCUUUGAAGUUAUUCCAGGGGAGGUGAACCUGACAGAGAAGUGGGAAGCAGACUGGUGUCUGUGUGGGAGGGGACAGCGGCUGCUGCAAAAAAGUCUUGAGACAGAAAGGAUGCCGCACUGGGAACUGGGUUGUGGCUUUCCCACCUUGGCGCUGCUCUUUUGCUGGGACGUCAGGAAGAGAGCCCCCAAGCUCCGAAAGAAAGCGGUGUUUGGCCAGCGUUUGGAUGAGACUGUGGCCUAUGAGCAGAAGUUUGGCCCUCACCUGGUGCCCAUCUUGGUGGAGAAGUGCGCUGAGUUCAUCCUGGAACAUGGUGUGAGUGAAGAGGGCAUCUUCCGCCUGCCGGGGCAGGACAACCUUGUGAAGCAGCUGAGAGAUGCUUUCGAUGCGGGGGAGCGGCCCUCCUUUGACAGGGACACAGAUGUGCACACGGUGGCCUCUCUAUUAAAGCUCUACCUCCGGGACCUGCCAGAGCCUGUGGUUCCUUGGAGUCAGUACGAGGGGUUCCUGCUCUGUGGGCAGCUCAUGAACGCAGACGAGGCAAAGGCUCAGCAGGAGUUGGCGAAGCAGCUCUCUACCCUUCCCCGAGACAACUACAACCUCCUGAGCUACNUCUGCAGAUUUCUGCAUGAAAUCCAGCUGAACUGUGCCGUCAACAAGAUGAGCGUGGACAACCUGGCCACUGUGAUCGGGGUGAACCUCAUCAGGUCGAAGGUUGAAGACCCGGCUGUGAUUAUGAGAGGGACUCCUCAGAUCCAAAGAGUGAUGACCAUGAUGAUCAGAGACCACGAAGUCCUCUUCCCCAAGUCUAAGGAUGCACCGAUCUCACCCCCUGCCCAGAAAAACGAUGCCAAGAAGGCUCCAGUGCCGCGAAGCUCUGUGGGGUGGGAUGCCACGGAAGACCCACCCCUUUCUAGGACAGACAGCUUCAGUAACACAGCAAGUAGUCCUGAUGCCACCAGUCCCACUGGACCACUGCCCGGUGACCAGCAUCAGGAAGACAGCGGAAAAGCCCCCAGGGAAAACCCAGGAGAAUGGAAGAUGCAAUCCCGUAAAAGGACUCAAACGCUUCCCAACCGGAAGUGUUUCCUGACGUCUGCAUUCCAAGGCACCACCAGCAGCAAACUGGAAAUCUUUAAAAAUGAGUUCUGGUCUCCAUCUUCAGAGGCUAAGGCAGGAGAAGGGCACAGGCGAACUAUGUCCCAAGACUUGCGCCACCUUUCCAAUGACCAGCGGACUUCUACCUAUGAUAAUGUCCCCACCUCACCACAGUCCCAAGGGAACCCAGCAGGUGCACUCUCUCCCCAUGCCAGUGACUCCAAGAGAGAUGCUCUUGUUAGCACAGACUCUGAAAUGGAGGCUGGAAGCAAGAACUCUGGCGAGGAUGACCUUGAUUCUCUGCAGAGGACAGUCCAGAACCUACAGAAGGAAAUAGAAACCCAGAAGCAGGUGUAUGAGGAACAGAUAAAAAACCUGGAGAAGGAAAAUUACGAUGUCUGGGCUAAGGUGGUGAGGCUCAAUGAAGAACUGGAGAGGGAGAGGAAGAAAUUCGCGGCCCUGGAAAUCAGCCUUCGAAAUGUGGAGCGCUCCCGGGAGGACGUUGAAAAGAGGAACAGAGUCUUGGAAGAAGAAGUCAAGGAGUUUGUGAAGUCGAUGGAGAAGCCCAAGACAAAGACCGAUCCUUGAGGGUCUGAGUUGUGUGUCAGGGACAGUCAACUCCACUCCAUUUCUUCAUGCUCCUAGUGAGCUGGAAGCAGGAUUACCUCCUAGGAUGGNCAGGGUAUCUGAGGGGAUGUGCCACAAUCCUCAGCAAAUACACAGAAGAUGAGAGUGUACAAGGAACACACCAGGACACUUGCCACCAUGUGCUGUGCUCCAAGGAUUGCGUUAUUCCACUGUGGGAAGAGUGAACUGGAAUCUUCCAGUGCAUGACCAGCUCCAAAGGAGACAUUUAAGGUGUGUGACAUCUCAGGACCCCAGGCCAGAGCUAGGCCAAGGCCUCAGUUCUUUGUUGUCUCUGUGGCUGUCUUGCCUGGUCAGAUGGUUCUGGUCACUCUGAAACAUGGCCAGAAAAUGUUACUUCACUCUCCAGUGCUGGCCAACUGAGGGCUGCUNGGAGAGGCUGAACUGUUGGAACUGUUGGAAUCAAACAAUAUUUAUGAAAGCAAAAUGAGUGAGAAAAUUAUAUUCAANUAAAGAAAACAGAAAACAGAAAUUGAGCAAGGAUAUUGACAAUCUAUGAAACACUUUUAUUAGAAUUAGUAAAAGGGGGUUUGGUAAAAUUAAUAAAAGCUGGCUCUGUGGCUGAGAGAACUGGCUGCUCUUUCAGAGGACUCAGCAUCCACACCAUGGCUAACAAACCUCUGUAGCUACAGUUCCAGGAGACCUG